AUGGAGGACUAUGAGGUUGGGAUGCUGGUCGGGGAGGGGAGUUUCGGGAAAGUGUUUCAAGGCAGAAGGAAAUUCUCUUCGCAGGUUGUCGCGUUGAAAUACAUUCCCAAACAUGGGAAGAGUGAGAAAGACCUCAGAAACUUGAGACAGGAAAUCGAGAUUCAACGCAAGCUCGAUCACCCGAACAUCAUAGUGCUGCUGGACGCAUUCGAGACGCACAACGAGUUCUGUCUUGUGACUGAGCUGGCACAGGGGGAGCUUUUCGAAAUCUUGGAAGCAGAUGGUUCGCUCCCAGAGAUCGAGGUUCAGAACGUUGCGAAGCAGAUGAUAAGAGCGCUGCAUUACCUUCAUUCGAACAAGAUCAUACACCGCGAUAUGAAGCCGCAGAACAUUCUCAUCGGACCUGAUCGACAGCUGAAGCUCUGUGACUUUGGGUUCGCACGAGCGAUGACACAGCAGACUUUGACCCUUACCUCCGUCAAAGGAACACCGUUGUACAUGGCACCAGAACUGGUUCAGGAGCAGCCAUACAACCAUACGGUCGACCUAUGGUCCCUUGGAGUGAUCCUCUAUGAGCUUUUCCGGGGAGAGCCUCCUUUCUACACUAACAAUAUCAUCGCGCUGGUCGGGCAGAUUGUCAAGGACCCUGUCAAAUGGCCUUCUGGAAUGAGCCCUGACUUCAAGUCAUUCCUCAAGGGAUUGCUGGUGAAGGAUCCGCAACGCAGACUCACCUGGCCAAGGCUGGCUGAACAUGCCUUCAUC